AUGAAGAGCUGGCUGUUCAAUUGCACUAUGAUUGAGGGGUGGCAGGUCGAGCGCCACGACGCAGUUAUGGAACGGGGAGGCCAGGAUUGGUGGGAUAUCAAUGGGUCCGAUGGAAAGAAGAUCAGAGUUGAAAGGGUCGAGUUCCCCUAUGAUCUUGGUUUUUUUGCAAACAUGUCCCAAGCAAUGGGAUCCUCAAACUUUCUCCUCUGGUUUUUCCCAUUGUCCGGGAGCCCUAAAGUCGGUAAGGAUAGAACGGGCCACGGAUGGUCUUGGGAAGAAAAUGGAUUCAAUCGAAACGAAGGCAUGUGGCCGCCACCAGACCCAGAAAAAAUUCGCAGGGCAAACAGAGAGUGGCCUGCAGGUCACAGGGACUUCAAAGCAGAACUGAGAAAUGCAGAAACUAUGUCUCCAGAGGAGCAAAAGAGUGCGUUCAAAGAACGCCAAUUACAGGACAUGCAGAGGAGAAGCCAUUUAUUGGCAGAGCUAGAGGAAGUAGACGAUUACGAUAUGCUGAGUGAAGACAGUCAUGGUAUUGGCUAUAGUUCUGAUCAAGAGGUUCAUUGGAGAAACAACGACGGUGAGAGGCUACAAGAUUACGGCGUUGAUGAGGAAACGGAAUUCUGCGCCGCACAAACAACUGAAGAUGAUGAUGUUCCACUUGUUGAGCUCUUGCGUCGGCGAAAUAUUUUGCGCACCGAAUGUGCCGAUUAA